UCACCCAACUCGUAACUGCCGUUUGUUCUUCGCCAUGUCCGGACGCGGCAAGCAGGGCGGUAAGGCGCGCGCCAAGGCCAAGACCCGCUCGUCCCGGGCCGGCCUGCAGUUCCCCGUGGGCCGCGUGCACCGGCUGCUUCGCAAGGGCAACUACUCGGAGCGGGUGGGCGCCGGCGCCCCGGUCUACCUGGCGGCCGUGCUGGAGUACCUGACGGCCGAGAUCCUGGAGCUGGCGGGCAACGCGGCCCGCGACAACAAGAAGACGCGCAUCAUCCCGCGCCACCUGCAGCUGGCCAUCCGCAACGACGAGGAGCUCAACAAGCUGCUGGGCCGCGUCACCAUCGCGCAGGGCGGCGUCCUGCCCAACAUCCAGGCCGUGCUGCUGCCCAAGAAGACCGAGAGCCACCACAAGGCCAAGGGCAAGUAGGCCACUUCACAAAAAAACCUUCCAGUUAAGCCAAAGGCUCUUUUCAGAGCCAAUCACGUUUUCUGGGAAAGAGCUUUGCAUGUAUUCCUUAAGGUGCUAAGGGCGUUGGGAAAGCUCCGGUCGUGCCUUCACUUGGGGGGCAGAAGCAGGCGUAUCUCGGCUUCUAGGCCAGCUUGAUCUCCACAGCUGGCUGCAGGGAGACCCUGUCACAAAGACAAACUGAGCCAGUUCAACAGAAAAAAGUUCGGUUUCAGUGCACGCUGCAACCCGGCUACCUGCGGCUUAGGCAAGUCUUGGGCCGGCUACUGCGGUGCUAGGCGCCAGGGGAAUCUCACCCCGCAGGACCACCGGUGCCCGCGCCUCGGGAACGGAGCCAGGGUUCAACUGCUGACUUCAAAGGCUCUUUUCAGAGCCACCCACCUUCGCACAAGAAGAGCUGGGCCCGCUACAAUAUUGCGGUGGUGUAGUUGGUGUCCGGCGCAGAGCCUCAGGCCUGAAGCAAAAUUUUCGGGUGACGGACAAGUUUUUGCUGAUAACUGUAGACCGUUCAUGUGUCACCCGAAUGGAUACUUCACAAAAUGAAAUGUCAGGGAUAGUAAAGUCGGAAUGGAAUUAUAGAAUACCAUACUGUAUUCUACUUUAGAAGUUUGCAUCCUAUUUUAGCUGUUAGUUCAUUGUAUUCAAUCUUUACAGAAGCAAUACCGUUAUCUCCGCAGAGGUGUGGGCAGGCUGUUUUCUGAGAUCAAGGCCAGCCUGGUCUACAUAGGAAGUUCUAAGCCAAGUGGGCUGCAGGGAAACCUUGUCGCAAGAAGGCAUGGGAAUUGCAUACACCUUAAAAUUUUUUGUGGGAUACAAAAGAAUAAGCAGAAACAAGCCAAUGUUGGUCGCUGCAUAUUUAGCACCAAUCAAAGAAAAUAACAGCACAUUUUAACUAUAGCUGGAAGAAUUAGCUUUCUUUGGAGCUGUAUCAUUUACUCCAUUUUUUUUUUUUUUAAUGCUUUUGGAAAUAUCUGAACAUUAGCCCAUACAAACUGCAACUGAAUUUACUGAGGGAGCAACUGAAUUAGUGGAUUUUUUGGAAAUCAGGAUUUGGAUUCUGUAAUGUCAAAACCUGUUUAAAAAGGGAUAACAGAGGCCGGACAUGGUGGUGUACACCUUUAAUCCCAUAAUUUUGGAGGCAGAGGCACACGGGUCUCACAGAU